AUGGGUCGCUUGGGCAAGAAGAUUCAGCUGUCCUGUACCUGUGUCACUGGGGUGAUAGAGUGCCUUGGGUUCGCGGGCGUGAUACUCGGCUGGCCCUCGCUCGUCAUUGUACUGAAGAACGAGGAGUACUUCGCUGAUCUCUGCCCCCCGCAGAACACAUCCAACCACUCUGGGCUGAGGAAUGGGACAGUGAGCUGUGUACCACAGGACGAACGCUUCGCCCUCAUCUUCACCGUUGGCGACUUCGUUAUGAGUUUCGUCACCUUCGCCAGCGGCUUGCUGCUGGAUGGCUACGGUAUCAUGGUGACUCGCCUCCUGGCCAUAUUGCUGUUCACUACCGGCACCCUGUUGAUCGCGUUUUCCACUGCGGCGUCGGCGCUGCUGCUGUUUCCCGCGCUCAUACUCAUUGGAGUGGGAGGAGUCUUCCUACUGACAACAAACCUAAAGGCCGGAAUUUUGUUCGGGAGGAAGCGCUCCACCGUUAUCACUCUGCACACGGGAGCCUUUGGUUCAGCUGCGAUUGUCUUCCUCGUGGUCAAGGUGGUCUAUGAAGCUGGUUUCUCCCUGAAGGCCAUCUUCCUGUUUAUCAGCUGCCUCAGCGUCCUGCUCGUCCUGCGCACCGUAUUCCUCCUUCCCUGGGGACACAUCCCCUACCCACUGCCGGAGGGCUUCACCUACGGAGUGGAUUGCGAGAAGUUAUGGUUGAUCGCGUUCUGGCGAAAGUCAGAUUCUGCCAACCAGCUGAACACCCUUCAGGGGGCAGACGAGAUGAGAGCAGACGGCAACGAGCGGAAGGCGCAAGGCAGCGAGGGAUGGACGAACAGGAAGCAGGAAGUGGAACACGAAAGGACCGAGCAUCUCACGGGAGAGGCAGCGGGAGAGCGGGUGGAGGGAGAGACGGAAGAUGAAAAUAGCAGACACUCUGGAGAGGGAGGAGCGGAAACAGAAGGAAGGAACGAAGCGGCGUUGGUGUCAGAAGGAAUUCUGGAAGAUGGAAAUGAGCUGCCGGCUAAUCGAGCGAAUAUGCAACCAGGUGGGAUAGCAGGUUCGGGAGUCAGAGAGGAAAACGAUGCCUCCUUUCGGAACUCCGUCUUGUCCUGGCUGUUCCUGAGCUCUCUGUUCUGGUUCUCGGUGGGUCAGACACGCCUGUCCUUUUUUAUAGGGACCUUGAACCCGCUGCUCGGCCUGCUGACGGAUGGCGACGCCACGCAAGUCAGCAGGUUGACCUCCGCCUUCGCCUUCACCCAGCUCCUCAAUGUUGUUUGCGCUUCCUGGAACGGGUUAAUCCUCGAUCGACACAAGUGGAGAGGCGGGCGUUCGCAGCGGGAGUCAGAGGACAUACAAAAUUCCACACAAUACAGCAGGAGCGGCUUCCUCGGCGACUUGUACAACUGCAUCGUAAUGCCCCGGCUCCUGUACUUCGUGCCCCGAGCGAUGAGUGUCAGCGUGCCAAACACCAUUUUCGCCAGCUCUCUAUUGCUAACGCCUCUCUGGAUCUCGAGGAAGCUCCGACUCAGACCGGUCGACCCGAAAGAAAUGCGCGCUCAGAAGAAGUCCCACUCUCCAGAACGGGCGCGCCCCCAGCAUAGGAGAUCCACUGGAUUCACCGCGCGAUCGACCGGCCGCAUGCGCACCUGCGUCACUCUCACAAUCAAUCUGCUACCGUACAUUCCUGAGAACCGCUGGUCCAUUGCGCUCCCGAAUCGCUUCCCAUUCACGGCGCAUCGGCUCGAUUUCCGGAAGUGCAUCGUCUCACCACUUGAAAUCAUAGUUUCACUCGUCUCUCUCCUGGAGUGCUCGGUCGCCUUCCGGAGAUUGGCGGACAUGCAGUCGGCGGUGCUCUCCUUCGCCAUUACCGUCACCCUCUUCGUGCUCUUUUCCAUCUCCGCCGCUAUCCCCGUGCCGGAGGUGCAGUACCUGACAUUUGUCCUGCUCAUGCUGGCAGGAUCGUUCCUGUUCGGUGGUGUCUCGACUUUCCUCGUCAUGACGUUCCCUCCGCGCCACUUUGGAAAACUCUACGGGUUAACACGCGCCGUGGGCGCCGUGGUCAGCCUGCUCCAGUAUCCUCUCUUCAUCCUCGUCAACGGCCCCUUGGAGGACAACCCACUGUACCUUAACAUCGCAUUCGUCGCCCUGGUCGCCCUGACCUACGCCCAUCCAGUCAACGUCUACCUCUACUGCCGACGGGAGAGCCGGCGGAGGGCACAGUGA